GCCCAGCUGGAGGAGCUCUGCUGCUUUCGCAGUGCCAUCACUCCCCAACGCUACCAACUUCACUUCAAUUGCCAGCACCACCGCCUGGACUCCAAGCCACCGCUGCUAGACGCAUCAUGCGCUUCUGGAAGCUCUCCCCCUUCCUGGCUCUUGGCUUCUUGGUCCUGUACCAGGUGGGCAUCUUCCAGGCAGCUCCACUCAGUUCUAUCCCAGAAAGCCCUGAACACCAUGCUUCACUCAACAAGGAAGAAAGAGACCUCCUGCAGGCUGCACUGAUUAAGAACUCCAUGAGGAGGAUGGCCACUGAGCCGAAGCAGGAGACACAGAGCUCCAGCAUCACUGUCCAGAAGAGAGAGUGCAAGUUAGCCACCUGUGUGAUCAAUCGGCUGGCAGAUCAGCUGAACAAAUUUAAUAGCAUGUUGGAGAAAGAUUUGAGCCCACCCGAUGUGGGCCCUGAAUCCUAUGGCGGUUACCGCAGGAACUUCAGUCCUGAGCAAUGA